GAUAUGCUGACAUCACCAAAACAUUGUUUUCUCAGUUUUCAAGACGAUUCCACUUCUGCGGAGAGCGUGUCCAAUCGUUAUCGCGUCUGACACAGUAUUGCAUAAGCGUAGAGGAAGGAAACCCUUUGACUAGGUGGAUUGGCAAAGAGAAUUGGGGCAUCGGGGAUAAUUUGAUUAGGAAAUCUGUCCGUUCAAUAACAACAAGAUUGUCCUGUUUGUAAAGCCUCUUGAUUGGACUGUAUUGUACUUGUGUUAUCGGUAGUGCAGAAGUCACAGGGUCUCAUCACUGCCGUAUAUCACGGUUAUCAGGAAUGUGGAAUUAUCAUUUACAGUGUUGUCUUUCUGGAGGGAGAAGUACCUAAAUUGAUACUGUAUAUCGUGCUUUUCAUCAGUUAAUGAGGCCACAAGUGGACUCGGUAGUGAGGAGCCUCAGCUAGAUCCUGAUGAGGAUGAUCAUCUAAGAUCGUUGGACACCAAGCAUCCACAUCUCCUAACCGGAGAGUUCUUAGUCAAGAGAAACAGUCGCAGUAAACCUCCAUUCCAGGGCAGGGUCUCACCUCCUACUUCUUACUUCAACCCUUGGGUCCUUCAGCCACAGCAGCUGAGGAAGAAACUAGAAUCCCUCCAGCAACAGGAGGAGGGUGGAGGGAACGACUGGAGGAAUGGCGUUCCGAAGCAGAUGAAGCCAGAACUGAUUGUUGUGGAUAUCUUUGACGAUAGCCAGGAAGUAUCUUGUGGUGAUAAAGAUUGUAAAAUGCCUCAAGAAAGUAUUAUGGAGGACCCUAUCAGUGAAUCUGUUGCCAACAUGGAUGCCUUAGAGGAUGUGUCCAGAGACCUAGAGGGUGAUGCGACUUUAGAGCAAUCUGGUAACAGUCCUCCUAGAUUUGUGCGUAGUGUCUCCAGCAUACCUUCAAGAAAUAGGCAAGUGUCUGUUGACUCUGUAAGCGGAGCCAAUCAAAGGGCAGAGAAGCAUGCGAGGACUACUAACAAUAAUCGCAGAUCGCUCUCCCCACAGGCAAGAGAGUAUGCAUCAAGGCUAAAUGUCUCCGGGAAGCAGCGGUCUCAGUCUCAGGCAUCCAACGGAGAGAACGAUGAUCAGCAGACUAACGGCUACAGGCAGCGCAAGAAGAGCCUGGCCCUUGCCAUGAACGAGGGUCGACUUGAAAUGAAGGAAGUAUGCAUGAGACCGUUGGAUGUGGAUCUUGAUUUUCAUUUGAUUGCUCAGCUGAACCAGCUCAAUCGGGAAUUAAUGGAUCUAUCCAAAUCAGGAUCGUCCACGUCUCCAUCCUCACCAGGUGUAGGUGCCAACCAUAGUUUCUCUCUCCUUGAAAACAACAGUGAGAUCCUAGCUGAUGGUGAUACAAAGCACAGUGUAUCAAGUUCACCUCAAUCCCCUAACUCUUUACAGGUCCAACAAACAAAACAUUCUCCAGGAAAUGAUAUGUACAGUCCAAUAUCUUCGAGGAGAGGUAGGAGUCCUGUAGAAGCCAAGCAAAAAAAGUUUAGUUAUGAUUCGCCAAGGAGGAAGCAAUCUGAUGAAAAUGUAACUCCUGUUUUUUCGAGUAAGAAAUCAUCUCCUGAACAAAGAACAAUAUCUGAAAAUAGCAAGGAAUCCAAGUCGGUAUCACCCCGAGAAGUAAUCUCUCGGAUCAAAUCACGUUUUAGUAACCCCAAACUGACCAGGGGGUCACCACAAAGAAGCAGUGCUGGGAAAAUAGAAAUUCAACUCUUGAGACCAAAUCUAGGAAACUCUGAGAAUGAAUCUGGACCAUUCAAGAGAUCAGCAUCUCUUAGACACGACUCCGGCUCGAGAAAGACGUGGCCCAGCCUUGAAGCGUCUACCGAGGGCUACGAAGAGAACAGCCAGAGUCCGUCCGGACAGAGUCACAUCUAUCGACGAAGUGAAUCCGAUGGACCGCUAGAGAGGCAACGGAAGAAGCCAGUUCUUCCGGACUCUAACCCUAUGAUAGAACAGAACCAUAACGCACCAGGUAGCAGUACUGAUAGUGGACUGGGCAAGGAUCAGAGGCAUUCCAAGUCAAGCGCAGAUUCAUUACUAGAGGAUUUCCAUGUUAGCAGCCAAGUUUCGUCUAGGUGUAACAGCAAUCCACCCUCCAGACCCCUGUCGUCCGACACAGGUGAUCUGAGCUGGGAGAAAGGUCGCGACCUUUUGUCACCGAGAUUGAGAGGUUUUCCAGGCUAUCUAUCUAGUUCUACACCACAUAGUCCUACUAAUCUUACCCCAGCCACUGGGAGUAGAGAAGAUCUAUUGGAUGAUGGAUUCUCUAGACCAGAGAGUCAGGAGGACCUGCUGGGUAGCCGUGGCACCGGGAUGCGUGCCUCAGGGAGCAGCCAGGGAAGCAGUAUCAGCCAUGCCGCCAUGCAAUCUGGGAUCAAACCACCAAAACCACGACAUAAACCCCUGAGGAGGUCAAAGACAGAUCUUGGUGAUCCAUCGAUCAUCAAAGCAGCGUUAACUCUCGCAAAGAUGCAAGGUGAUGAGACCCCCAAGGCUGUCGAGGGAUCAUCCCGAAUGCCAUCGGCGACGAAAAAGAGGCCAACAUCGGCGCUCGGCAUCAUGGGAAUACUGAACAGCGGUAGCGGCCGAGAGUCUCCAGUUACACAGGUUACUCAACCAGAUGGAAAGCCGUCACCACGCCUUCAACGAUCUCAACGCCAGCCAGCCCCGGAGCCCUUAUCCCUGGUCGUCGACAUCGAUGUAGAGCAAGAUAAAACCGCGAACGACCUUCCGCUGACUCCCCGGCCGAGGUCAAGAUCUCUUGGGUCUCUGGGCACCUUUGAAAUCCCUGACAUGGCGUUGAUGAAGAGGGCGCUAUCACUCCCAGCAGGUCUGGGAGAUGAUGAGGUGAUGAUGUCAGAUCCUGACCUGAGUAAGAUCAAUGCAAGAAUGUCAGAGACAUUUGAGCAGUUCUGUGCAGCGACGUUAGCCGAGGCUCUCUUCGAUCAUGUGACCAUGGACGGGAACGAGCUCACGUUCCAGGCUGGGGACAUGAUAGAGAUAACCGAUAUGACCGAUGCCUACUGGUGGUGGGGGUGUAUAGAUAAACAAGAGGGCUGGCUACCGGCACCCUUCGUUAGAUUGAAGGUCAGUCAGGGGGAAACGGUUGAAGAAUGCAUGUCACGCCUCCAGGUAAACACCUCGUCCAAUCAGCAGGGAUUGAAACCUUCCCGUGAGCCUCUGAUGAGAAAGGUCAGCCUCAGCUUCCUUAGCAACGACCAGGUCCGGGCAAAUGUCAUUAAGGAGAUCAUAACCACGGAGAGGGAUUAUGUCAAGAAUCUGGCUGACAUUUAUGAGGGCUACAUUGAGCAAGCACGGAGUAGACCCGACAUGUUCAACCAGACACUCAUGUCCAAACUAUUCUGUAACAUUGAGGAGAUCUACUGUUUCCAGCAGCGUUUCCUGACGGACCUCGAGCAGUGUAUUGACAAUGAGUUACCUCAUAAGAGUGCGAUAGGUGACUGCUUCCUUAAAUAUAAAUUGACCUUUGACAUCUAUGGUGAAUACUGUAACAACUACCCUCACGCUGUAAACGAGUUUCAAGAACUCAUGAAAGACAACAAAUAUGUGCAAUUCUUUGAGGCCUGCCGUCUCCUUCAAUCCAUGAUCAAGAUCCAGCUAGAUGGCUUCCUCCUAACCCCGGUCCAGAAGAUCUGUAAAUACCCUCUCCAGCUCAACGAGCUUCUCAAGUACACCCGGCCGCAGCACCCCGACUUCCAGCCGUUGAAGAGCGCCCUCGAGGCCAUGCGGGAGGUAGCCCAGAGCAUCAACGAGAGGAAACGAAGGAUAGAGCAUAUCGAGAACAUUGCGCUGUGGCAGAAGACAAUAGGGGAUUGGGAGGGUGAUGAUGUCCUAGAUCGUAGUUCAAUGUUGAUCUACUCGGAUGAGGUGAAUCGUGUAAGCCUGACCGGUAGGCAUCGCACAUCGCCACGGCAACUGUUUUUAUUCGACCAUCAGCUCAUCAUUUGCAGAAAGUUAUGGGUAGAUGAAUGGAUAGAUAAAACGAGGAAAGGAGAAAUUAGCGGCAAGGAAUACCUGACUGCCUCGGUCUACAUGUGGCGUGACAUACUAAGGCGGGAUCUGUAUGUUUACAAAGACAGAAUAGAUCUAGAUGACUGUCAGAUUGAAGAUCUUCCAGAUGGAAAAGAGAAUGAAUGGAACGUGACGCUACGGUACGCCUGGAAGAUACAGAACUUUGAAGACCAGUCCAAGGUGUAUGUCUUCAUGUGUAGGAGUCGCAAGGAGAAGAGAAGAUGGCUGAGGCAUUUCGCCAAAGAGAGAAAGAUCGUCCACGAGGGACUCACCAGAGUAAAUCAAGGUUCUCUACGUAAAAAUCGACCAAAGAGAAGAAUUAAGAGUAGCAGUUUCAUGGCCGCAAAGGAAGCUGCCUUAAAAACAUCAACGACGAACAAGCCCAGUAAACCAACAGACAGAGUGACUGUGAGAAGAGCACUAUCGAUGCCGCAUCGAAAAGUGCGAGAUCCUAACGGCAAAGAACCACCCUUACAGCUUCCUAGAACGGCCUCUACGGAAGUAGAACCUGAUGUCAGCACGCCAAAGAAAAAGGGAAUCUCAUUGUUUGGUGUCCAGUUUGGAAAGAAAUGAGCUCACCUCUGGAAUAUCUGUGAUACAAUUACAAAGGGAUGACUGAGAGCUUUCUGGAGUCCUCCGUGCGAUGUCGAGGAGUGGUCGUGAUUGGUCAAACCAUUUUAGAAUGUCUAAAAAGGUAGAAAGCCUCUUGAGGGACGGUUUAGUCUCAUUACAUGAGACUCUGGAAGUAACAGCUCCCAGAAUGUCACCCAUCGUUGCUCUAUCGGUCAAAACUAAGCAUCAACGGUGUGGGAGCGGAUAGGGGAUUAUAGUGGAGAACGUCUGGAGCGUGCAUGCAUUAGCUCAUUGGAAUGCUUUGUAUGUUAUGUGUACAUCAUACAAUCAUGUUUUCAGUAAUACCAAGCCUCCUUUAGAUACACAACGUAUGGAUGGGUCCCAUUUCCUAAAGACUUGUUAUAAGAACAAAUGCACAAUUUCAAUAACAAAUGUACUAUCAGCAAAUCAGAUUGAAGGAUUUUGGUAGCUUUUAACUGUUAUUACAAAUUUGUUCUUAUAACAAGUUUUAUUGAAACAGGCCCCAUGGUGUGAUGCAGCUAAGCAGAUUUUUCACAGACGUCCAGACAAGGCCCAUCGCAGAGAGAAUUUCGAUCAAAUGCAACUCCAAAGUAGAGUGCAUAUUCAUUUUCACCCAGUGAAAUGUGCGUAAUAGGGACUCGCGCUUGAUUUUUUAGUUGCAUACAAACGCAACUCUUUAUGCAACGGACCCACGAUGAGAUGAAUCGCCCGCCCUACUUGUGCAUGUGUAUGCGCAUUGAAUGCUGCAGCAUAUCAUUUGACGUCUCAUCGAUAUUGACUUUACUAAGCUUCGUUGCCGGUCCUUAUUGUCCCUGUCUGAACGACCAGGCGGGUGUUUCACACAGACUUAAGCGGGACUUAGAGUCACACUUAUGUUCCCUGUUGUGUGCGGUAUAGAAGGCAUCACUCUUUGCACGACCUGGUGACCAUUUUGUGCUGAAUGAUAUCACCUGAUAGCAUGUUGCGGUCGCGCGUAAAGUCUUGCAUAAAUUUACGAACAGCUUUUUGACACACCCAUUGCUUUCCCAACUGCUUCAUGUAUCAUGGCAUGAUAGUUGAAUUUGAUAUUUCACGGGUUUAGCAUGCAUUAUUAUGGUGUACAUGUUUCUUGGGUGCAUAGAUCAAUUCACAGUAUUUCUCUGUAAUUUGUUUUUCAUUUGUAUGAAAACGCGUGUGUUUUAUUCAUUCUAUUGGAUAUUCAUAAUAAAGCAAUUUCAUACCUAUAAAUGAACCUCUAACUACCAUGGACUUCUGAAGGCAUUCUUUCGAGAGAGGACUUAUUUCAAGGGCUAUUGAAGUGGACCUCAGAACAAUCCUCAAAUUAGCAACACUGUCAUGUUGAAAAUCAUAGUGAAGCAUUUAUUUAUUUAUAUUUUUUUGAAAAAAGCUAUGGUGUUUCCUAAAGCAAAACAACAAGUUAAUGGUGCCUAUUUUUAUACAAAACCUUUAGCAGACAGGUCAGUUUAUUCUGAUUGAAAAAUGAAGCCUACAAAGUUUGUUCUUUUCAAAGUUUGGUUUAUUAUGUAUAGUGACAACUCAGCUAUAAUGUAACGGUGUGUUUUCCCUAAUUUUUCAUUUGAUAAAAUAGGGGUACCGUACCAUCGAUAUAUUGCUUGUAUUUGUAGCUUCAUAGGCAUUUUACCAAAGACAGAAUGAAAGUGCUCAGUUUUAAUUUUCUAGUUAGAAAUUGUAUAAUUGUGGUAAUAUAUGUAUGGUGUUGCAUAACGUGCGUUAUUUUACUGGUUUAUGUACUUUUUCAUCGCUCUGUCUCCAGCCUGUCUUGUUAUUUAUUGAAAUUUUUAAGGGUUGAUAUCAAAGUAUGACACAGUAGUAUUGUUUCUUUACAUUGCUAGCUAAAAGCAGAGAUUUUGGGUGAAAUCUUCUUUUUCUUCAAUAUGUCAGUUCUUUUUUCAUAUACCAUAAAUCUGCCAUAAACAGUAUUUUUUUCUAAAGCAUAAAAGAUGGUAUAUUUAUUCCUUUCUUCAAUUGUCCAGGAUCCAAUGUUUCAGGAGCUUUGUGCUCGAAUUAUUAUUAUUAUUAUUUUUUUUUUUGGGGGGGGGGGGCGUUGUUUAGUGCGGAUUGACAUUCAAAUGCCAUACAUGUAGAAGAAUAUCCUGGUUUACAGCUUUUAUAUGUUUUCGAGUCUUCAUGUAAAUGUGUACGUUUACAGUAAUUCUGCCCCCCUCCAUUAAUGAAGGCUUUCAGUAAUUUUUGAUAGAUUUUAAUCCGUCUUUUGUAUGUAAAGAAAUAUAAAAUGAGAUUAAAAUGAAACAAGAUGAAAUGAAACAAGAUAUAAUGAGAUUCAUAGAAAAAACAAGAGAUUACCUUAAUCACAAAAAGAGAUUAAUUAAAAAAUGAGAUUGUUUUGAAUCAAUUGCAAGUCUUCAUAUGGUGGGUCCAAUCAUUUGACACAUGAUUGAUUUUAUAUGUCCUUCAUUCAUAAAAUAAGAUCCGAGUGUUGUUUCAUUUUAGGUUUUAUACGUAAAUAUUAUUAUGUCCACUGAAUUAAGGCUAUUUAUACAUAACAGAUUUAUUUAGAUGUAGAGAAUUUAUUUUAUGUUUGAACAACUCAAUAUACAUGUAAUUCUAGGGCUAAAAAAAUAUAAUUAUUUUUUACAUAAUUUUUCAUUUGUGUAGUCAUGUGGAGAAAAUCUUUAAUUAUGUUCAUUGAUUUGUAAAUGAAUAUCAUGUGGGAUAACAAUAUUCACAGAACAUAUUCCUUUUUGAUCCAAUUUUCAAUAUUACCCCUUUCAUCAUUGAGAUGAUAUAACCUUUAAUCUCAAUUUUUGUUAUCCGUUUUAUCUCAUCCUUCAGAUAAUAGGUGGAGGUAAGACCAAGGGGUUCAAAUGGUGUCUGCCCAUCACAAAUGUUACCCAGUAAUUGCUUUUCUUGAAGACUCCCUUUGAUUUAUAAUUCAAUACCGGUAUGUGUUAUUGCAAUAUUAACCAAACUUGAUGCACUGGGGGUACUUUCAUGUCAUGGUGCUGUUGGAGGUCACAUGAUAAGGUCAAAUGCAAAUUAGUUUGAUGAAUUUUAUUUUGAUUUGAUUUUUUCCAAACUAAACUUGGUAACAAAAUGACAAUUGCCAAUUUAAGGAGUUUAGACAGAUUAAUUUGAAGCGUAAAAAAAUGAUUAUCACCGUAAAUGGCAGUCAUGUUUUGUCCACAUAUGCUAAGAAGGUCAAUUUGUGUUUGAAGCCAGUCAUGUUACCCGAGCGGCAUUCGAUUAAUAAUUUUCGAAUUCUUACAGAAAUGGUUUAUUAUAUGAAACAUUGCUUUAUUACAAACAGAUAUAUCUUUAUGACCCUAUGAAUCAUGCUUUGUACGGUAUUUCUUGUAAUCACAUGAAUGUCACUUGUCAUAUAGACCUGCAAUGUACGCAUGGUCAACUGUAGUUUGUUUAAUGGGAGAAAGGCGUAGGUGUUACAGUCAAUUUACACAUUUCAUGCCCUUCUUCCUCAAACAAUCAUAUCAAUUUGGUGCAUUACACUGUGUUGUAAUUUCUCAUUUUAUGAUAAUGACUGAUGAUUUCUUUUAUUGUACAUAAAGUUUUUGUAAAUAAUUAUAGUUUUGGUUUUAUCUAACAAUCUUGCUGGAUGAGGUCUUCCAUUGAUCGAUAGGGCCAAAUUAAUUAUAAGAUUUACAUUUAUAUCAGAAUAUUUUUGAUAGCGAGUCAAAGAGUUUUGACAAUUUUUUUUAUUAUUGAAUCGGUGAUUAUGUAGUUGUGCUUUCUGCUUGUCAGUUCAAGUAUGAAUCUAUGUAAGAUUCCAUGUUGCCUUGUAUUAUCAAGGAUAGAAAUAAAUUUUCUUGAUAUAUCUCAUGAA